GGGGUGUAGCUGUGGUUCCCUAGGGACACUGUGGACGUCUGCAGUGGGCAUGCAUGUGUGCGGGGGAGUGGAGGGGUAGGCUGUGUUUGUGCAGCAGGUGGGAAGUGACCGUGUCCAAUGACCGUGGGAGCCUGUGUGAGUGUGUGUGUGCCCGUGUGUAUGCUGCCAAACAGGAAAACUGCCCCGUGUGUCUGCGUGUGCAGCAUCAUGAGAAUCCUUGCACGUGACCGCUGCAGGCUGGGUGUUGUGUGGCACAGCGCCUAGGGAUGAGGGUCUGUCUGCCGGGCUCCGUUUGUGACUGUGUCUCUUUAAGUGACUGGGACACAGUCAGUCCUCCAGAAACACAUAGGGAGUGAAUAACUGAAUGCAGAGAAACGGGGCUGGAGGGGGUGUCCCAUGCCUUCUCUAGAUGUCCAUCUGUCUGUCCAUCUGCCACCACUCUGUUCUGUUCAUCCCUGUCAGCCAGCACAGGGCCAGGCACCAACUAGGUUCUCACGAAACCUUUGGCAAAUGAAGUAAUCAGAGAACAAAAGACUACUGCUUGGGGUGCGGAAGUGGGAGAUGUCCCAGUGGAGGAAGCCCAGUGGAGGGGUCUGGAGGUGCCGUGUCCGCACAGAGCUCCGGGUGCAAGGAAGGGCCCAAUCCCAGCCUCACCUCCCUGGGACUUGGGAUUCCCCUCUGUAAAAUGGGGGCCCUGAUCCCCCUGUCCCCGUCCCUGGGGUCCCUAGUAUGAGCUCCGUGGAUGUUUGCUGAGUGACUGAACGACCGACUGUAGGUUGUGAGUAAUGACCUCAUCUCAGAGGCAGCCAGGUUCUGUAGCUCAGCCUCGACGCCAAUCACAUCGACACCUGGUUUCGCCCGUUCUCCUUUGAUUGAAGCCACAGGUGUUCCCGGCAGGAUGGCGGAGCAGCACAGUGCCCCGGAGCAGGCUGCCGCUGGCAAGAGUCAUGGAGGCCUCGGAGGCAGCUACAAGGUGAUCGUGUACGAAAUGGAGAACUUCCAGGGCAAGCGGUGCGAGCUCUCGGCCGAGUGCCCCAACCUGACGGAAAGCCUGCUGGAGAAAGUGGGCUCCAUCCAAGUGGAGUCGGGACCGUGGCUGGCGUUUGAGUGCAGGGCCUUCCGCGGGGAGCAGUUCGUCCUGGAGAAGGGGGAUUACCCUCGCUGGGACGCCUGGUCCAACAGCCACCAUAGUGACAGCCUCCUGUCCCUCCGGCCUCUGCACAUUGAUGGCCCGGAUCACAAGCUGCAUCUGUUUGAGAACCCAGCUUUCAGUGGCCGCAAGAUGGAGAUCGUGGACGAUGAUGUGCCCAGCCUCUGGGCUCAUGGCUUCCAGGACCGUGUGGCGAGCGUCCGGGCCAUCAACGGGACGUGGGUUGGCUACGAGUUCCCCGGCUACCGCGGGCGCCAGUACGUGUUUGAGCGGGGCGAGUACCGCCACUGGAACGAGUGGGACGCCAACCAGCCGCAGCUGCAGUCCGUGCGCCGCAUCCGCGACCAGAAGUGGCACAAACGGGGCUGCUUCCUCAGCAGCUGAAGGGCGCCCAGGCCCCAGUGGCCCAGGCCCGCCCUGGGGGGCAGCGAGGGCAAGAAGAGGAGGCUCCAGGGCCGGGGUGAGGGCCUGCCUGGCCACCCUUCCCCAGAAUCUGCUCAAUAAAGCCUGGGGCCGGUCCCCGACCUGC